AAACUUUUAAAAAUGAAAAAUAAAAUAAAAUAAAAUCGAAACCCUAGAGAAAUAGUGUAAACCCUAUAAAGAAAAAAGCUUCAACUUCUGCUGCUGUUCGUCUCUCUCGUUUCAUCUUCUCUGCUCUGCUGCACACCGCAACAUAUAAGGGUUGUUCCAAAAGUGAUAAAAUGUUGGUACUGUUUGAAACCCCUGCGGGUUUCGCCCUUUUCAAAGUGCUCAACGAAGGAAAGCUUUCUGAAGUUCAGGAUUUAUGGAAGGAGUUUUCCAGUGCGGAUGCUGCAAGAAAGGUGGUCAAAUUGAAAGGUUUCCAGAAGUUUGAGAAUAUAUCAGAAGCUACAGAGGCAGCUAGUUUGUUGAUUGAUGGGAAAGCUAGCAAGGGUCUGCGCAAGUUCCUGCGUGCUCAUUGUGAUAAUGAGACGUUAGCUGUAGCUGAUACGAAGUUGGGGACUAUCAUUAAGGAAAAACUGAAAAUCGACUGUGUUCACAGCAAUGCUGUUAUGGAGAUAAUGCGAGGUAUUCGAUAUCAGUUGACGGAACUCAUAACUGGCCUCGCUGUUCAAGACAUGGCUCCGAUGAGCUUGGGUUUGUCUCAUAGCCUAUCAAGAUACAAGUUGAAGUUCAGUGCAGACAAGGUUGACACCAUGAUCGUCCAGGCUAUUGGUUUACUCGACGACCUCGAUAAAGAGUUGAAUACAUAUGCCAUGAGGGUUCGAGAAUGGUAUGGCUGGCAUUUUCCAGAACUUACUAAAAUCAUUCAGGAUAAUAUCCAAUAUGCAAGGUCUGUCAAGUUGAUGGGUGAUCGCAUUAAUGCUGCAAAGCUUGAUUUCUCCGAGAUUUUGACAGAGGAAGUUGAAGCAGAGUUGAAAGAAGCAGCUGUGAUAUCUAUGGGAACUGAAAUUGGUGAACUAGAUUUGGCAAAUAUCAGAGAGCUAUGUGACCAGGUUCUGUCUCUUUCAGAAUACAGAGCUCAGCUCUAUGAUUAUCUAAAGAGUAGGAUGAAUACCAUUGCACCCAAUUUGACUGCUAUGGUUGGGGAGCUUGUUGGUGCUCGCCUCAUUGCCCAUGGCGGUAGCUUAAUAAAUCUUGCAAAGCAGCCUGGUAGUACCGUGCAGAUUCUUGGUGCUGAGAAGGCUCUCUUUAGGGCAUUAAAGACUAAACAUGCUACUCCCAAAUAUGGUCUUAUAUAUCAUGCAUCAUUGAUUGGUCAAGCAGCUCCAAAGUUCAAGGGCAAAAUUUCUCGGUCACUUGCUGCAAAGACAGCAUUGGCUAUCAGGUGUGAUGCACUUGGAGAUGGUCAAGACAACACCAUGGGAUUGGAGAACAGAGCCAAGCUUGAAGCGCGGUUGAGGAACCUCGAAGGCAAAGAAUUAGGUCGAUUUGCAGGGUCUGCUAAAGGAAAGCCCAAGAUAGAGGCAUAUGAUAAGGAUAGAAAGAAGGGAGCUGGAGGACUGAUAACUCCUGCUAAGACAUAUAAUACUGCAGCUGAUUCAAUUAUUGAUAAGAAAUCUGAUUCUGCAAUGGAUGAAGACACAGAAGAGCUUUCUGCUGCUGAUAAAAAGAAAGAAAAGAAGGAGAAGAAGAAAAAGGAGAAAAAGGAAGAAGAGGAUACACAAAAAUCUAAUACUGCAAUGGAUGAAGAUACACAAGAGCCUUCUGCUGCUGAUAAAAAGAAAGAAAAGAAGGAAAAGAAAGAAAAGAAGAAAAAGGAGAAAAAAGAAGAAGCUGAUGUAGAUGGCGACAAGGAGCCAGAACAUGAAGUUGUGAAAAAAGAAAAGAAGAAAAGGAAGGAACCUACUGAGAAUACUGAGGUGGAGAAUAGAGACACAGAUUUGAAUGGAGGAGAAAAGAAGAAAAAGAGGAAAAAAUCCUCAGAGCCUGAAGAUGCUGCUGAUAUGCCAAGCAAAAAGAAAGAAAAAAGGAAGAAGAAAAAUGCCGACUAGAGUGGCAUCAGCUAAUCAAUCUGGUGAAUGGCAGCCAUUUUUGUAUACCUCUAGCUCAGUAGUUAUUCCAGAAUUAUGUUUACUUGUCAUUUUCAUGCAAUUUGUAGCAGUUAUACAUCCUUAUGAUUUAUUAACGGGGUAAGUCAUCUUGGGGUAAAUUUUGUCUUUUUGGACUUCAGUGGAUAAUUUGAUGCAAUUAUGUUUUGGAGGGAAGUAGAUGCUUACCACCCUUUGUUCUAUUUACACCUUGCUGAUCCGAAGUUAACAAAAAUUACACGAGUAUGUUUGA